GGGAAACUGGCAAGAAUGAUAUUUUCCGAUGUAGCAUUAUUUCGAGAGAUAUUUCUGUGGUGCAGUACAUUCUUGGAUUUAUUCUGGUGUAAUCUGAUGUGAAGAUGUUUUCUUUAUGUCCUAACCAGAGGAUUUCACCACAAUAUGACUGGCAUGUCUAGAGAACAUGGCGCGGCGAGAGAAGAGAAACGAUGAGGUUCAUAGUCCUUGAGAAGAGGUAACUUAUGAGGCAUGCUGAGAUACAAAUGAGAUGAUGGAAAUGAGGAUUGCAGUUGCGGGUUGUCGACUGAUUUACAGAAUAUGAUUAUUAUGAUGCUACUUCAGGAAGACAGUUAUGUAGAUAAACUUCAGGCACAUUUCCCUGCUGCACUCCUUACAUUGGAACAGUGCCAGUAUCAUUCGCUCAGCAAUUAAAACGAUUGGACAGAGUUGGAGUGGGAUUCCAUCAGCUGCUUCAAGUGUUGGCUUCGUGCAUGGAUUGAUGUUGAGAAUAUUCAUGCAUGCGUUGAAGUUUGAGCUGUGAAUAUGUAACGUUUGUGCCGUUUCUGUGAUGAGAUACGUUUCAUCAGGCUUCAGGCUUCAUGUACUGUUGGGUAUCAGCAACCUGUUGACGUUGCUAUAGGAUAAUGCACAUAAAAGCAUUUCGGAUAGAAAAUUUGGAUUACAUAUUUGUUUACCGUAUUUGUCUUUUGAGAAAGUGUGCAGAACGGUUCUAUCCAGUGGAUUAUAAAUGAGCAAAGAUUGUUGUUUAUGUUAUAACUCGUGUAUAAACAUUGGUCAGUUGUCGCUUUGCUACAAUACAAUGAUCGCCUCGUGUUGUGCUGCGGCAAACUUUCCUCAUCCAAUGUUACAUCCGACUUAAUUCCUCGUUCCUUCAAAUGGUGGCGUGAUUGUUCUUAGUUUGGAUAGUUGCUGUGUAAACGAUCAUCAUGAUGGAGAGAAAACUUGCCCUGUCCAAGUUCGACUCGAUCGAGGCCGUUACGAAUCAAGCACUCGAUUCGUUGAAUCGCAUGCGGCUCUCAGACGCGGAGGAUCUAUAUCUGAGAUUGAUACAGCACAUUAAGGAGCUGGAUAAUAAUAAGAAAUCAUUGGUUAAGUGUUACGAGGGCUUGGCCGAUGUUUAUCUAAAACAUAGUUCACAGCUACACAUGAUAGACAAACUAGAAUGGCAGUGGAUGAACAUACAGGCAAUUAUCCUACUGCAGCAUGCGGUCAGAGUUAGCAACACUGAAGCAAACAAGUGCUCUGCGAAUGAUGACUCCAUUUGGUUCUGUGAUAAGCGGGACAGUAUCGGCAUGAAAUUUCGAUUUCAGCAAGAGCGCUUGAUGGAGUCUUUAAAGGAGAGCAUCUUAUUUGAAGAGCGGCCAGGUGUGUAUGCAUCUUUGUAUAGGAUUCUCAGCGAGGGGAAUGACAAGCCAGUUGGGGUGGGCGGCUGGCUUGACAAACUUCAGACGUAUUGCAAAAACAGACUUGAAUAUGGCGCUUCAAAUAUGGGUCGCGUUAUCGAAAUCGCAGAGCCUAAAAUUGAGCCGGUUGAAAAAAAGGUGCACAAAACUGUUGAGUAUUUUCGUGAAAGGUAUCACAAAUUGCAGCGUAAAUUCUUGUUCCAUAGUCCUGGCGCAAUCAAGUAUGGGUUGAACCGGUUAGAUAGGAGUCGAAGUACAAGCUGUCUCGACCAGUAUCACAACUAUAACACUGCAGUAGACAUACAAAAUCAGAACUGCACCAUCGUACCCAAGCGACCACAGUCCCUCAACGUUACCCCCAUCAUAAAACCCUCAUCUGAACAACAAAUCAAAAAAGCAGUCGACUACUUAAAAAAGAAAGCUGACACUCUCAAGAAACGGUUCCUGAACACACCAGUGGUGUCGUGGCAGGGCAUCAUUGAUCAGCAUCAGAGUAUACUAGAUGAGACGUUAGAUGAUUUCAAGGUUGAUUAUAGUUUUGCUAAUGGUGUUAUUGAUGAGAACGACAACGGUAGCGGCUCUGAUAACACCACGGAGGAAUCUCAGCUUUAUAACAGUCGGAAUGAAAGAGUAUCUGAAACAUCUGAGAUUGGCAACUAUGUCAACCAUACUCAUUCCUUCCGCACUAAAGGUGAUAAUGUCAUUGAGUAUGACGAAGACAGCAUUGUGGUCAAUCCGAUUCCAGAGACUGAACCGGAUACGGGAUUCUGCCGUGAUCGUAUUGUCAAUCCACUAGCUUUCACUUCAAGUAAAGAGGGCGCUGAGGUGUCUAGAGGUGAGAAACGUAAUCAUGGUGAAUACUUAGGCCAUGACGGCUCAGUCGCGAACUCUAAUUGUGGUCAAUACUCACAUGGUUUCAGCUACCAACAAACUGUGUUUAAGGAGGGUGAGCACAUGACAGAAAUGAUGAGGAAAUCUGUUGUUGAAUAUGAGUACGAUAGUAUAAAAGACAACAAGAAAGGACUUCCCUCUAUAGGCCUAUCAAAUAACAACUCUGAAAUUGUGACACAGUCGGAACCAAUAUUGAUCGGAAUAGAAACGCUUGAGUCGUGUGAACUAAAAGUGGAGCAAGUUGAAACAGGCACGUUGAGUCCGCUAUCGGCCAUUCGCAAGCUUGGCAAAUACGAAAGUAGUAAAACACUGCCGAUCGAAGACUUGUCUCCACAUGAACUGAGAACGUAUCGCCUCGCCACAUUAGAGGAAUGCUCACCGGUGACAGAGACGAGUAGUUUGCAUUUUGACCUGAAACGAGACCUGGUGAGAGGUCGUAAAACUGAAUCUGGUAAUGUUGCCUCAAAAUCUUUGGUGCUUCCUAUAAACAAUGAAAACAUUCAGGUGACUUUAGCGCACAGUAUUCUUCUAAUGGCAGAUAAUAUGUUUAAUCAGGGACUCCUCGGGAAAGCCUCCUCGGUUUAUGAGAAGGCGUUAGGACUCUUCCACACAACCUACAAGGAGGGCGGCCUCCUUGAUGAAAAGAUGGCCUACAUCUUGAAGAAGCUUGGGGUGAUUCGCACGCGCAAUUGUGACAUCAUUGGCGGUGUUGGUCUGAUGGAACAGGCAAUGCGGAUGAUGAAUUUCAUUUACAAAACUGAUGUUCACAUCCGGAUAGCUGAGAUCUGGUACGAGAUGGGCAAUGCGUACAUCAUCGAACAUCAGCACGGUGAGACAUUACGGGACCACGUCAUUCUCACGAUCCGUGAUGAGUUGAACGCAGAGAUCCUGGAUUUUGUGGAGAGUGAUGAAGAAUGGGAUGAGGAAGCGUACGAUGGUCGCGACAACAAGAAUAGUUACUCUAUCAGCACAUAUGAGGCACUGACAUGCUACCAACACGCUUUUGCUAUUCUUAAAGACUUACAAAGCCAGGACAAGAUCUAUACUGAUCUUAUGGCUAAAGUUUUAACUAAACUCGGGGACUGUAGCGUCAUGACUGACAACUAUGAUCGGGCAGUGCAAUAUUAUGAGAAAUCUCUCAGCUGGUUCCCAAACGCCAGGGAGCGAUCGUCCCUUCCGAGUAACGCACAUGUGAUCUGUAUGUUGGGGGUGGUACGAUUCCUUGCUCAUCGCUAUGCCAAGGCUGGAGCCAUGUUUCAGUGUGCACAUCUCAUGUAUCAACACAUAAACGUAGAGAAGGACACCUUUUUCAAAUUUGAGAUUGCAUAUGUGCUGUCUCUACUCAGUUUCUCACAUUACGCCACAAGGCAGUAUUAUAAAGCGACGGCGUCUGCCCUGAGGGCAAUUGACGUCUACACUGAGAUGUACAAGGAAAGCAUCCCGGAGUUAGCUGAGGAAUCAUUCUGGUUGAUCAAUCAGACAAUAUACACAUUAGGCUACGCGUACCUCUCAGUUGACUCGUAUGAGAGAGCAUUACAGUUUCUUCAACUUGCGCGGGAAUACAGCAGUUGCUCACCUAACAAGGACAGGGUUCAGGUCGUACAGACACUGAAAGCAAUCGGAGACUGUUACGAGGGCAUGGAGAAACAUGAGGUCGCGCUCCAGUAUUACUGCCUUGCUUUACGAGACAACGAGGAGAAUGGAAAAGGAGGGAUGAAGUCAAGCUCGUUACAGAAUCUGUUGUUGUCCAAGACAGCCAGGAUGCAUGUCAGUAUGUACCAGUAUGAGGAGGCAGCUGAGCGGCUGGGGCAGGCACGGGAUGUCCAGAUUGACAUGGAGGAUGACAUCCGCGGUGAUCUUGUGAGUUUGAUGCAUCAGUUGGGACAGACGCACACUCUAGCUUGCGAGGUCGAUAAGGCCAUGGAAUGUUACUUGGAGUGCAUCGAAGCGUAUGAGGAGGACCAUGACUCGCUAGGACCAGAGAUGUCUGCCACGUAUGGUAACUUAGCAACGCUGUGUCAUGUGAAAGCGUGCAUGACAGAAUGUGGCACAGAGAAUGAGCAGAUGUUGUACAAGGCAGAGAACUAUUAUCAGAUCGCUGUCGAUCUUGAGUUCUCAUCUGUCUUGGCAUUGAAGUAUGCAAACUACCUCUUCCACCAGCGAAGUUAUGUCGAGACCAUCCUCAUUGUGCAGCAGCUUCUCAACACUGAUUCUGCAACCGGUGACGUCAUAUUCUCAGGUAUCGAACAAGUCGUUGCACCAGAGUUAAUCCAACUUGAGAUUGAAGAGGAGGAGAUUAUAAUUCCUGCGUCAGUCUUCGCCAAAUAUCUCCUGGUUGUCUCCUACCGCCAUCUUGGUCAGUUAGAUGAUGCCGAGUACUACGUUACUGAUCUCAUGGAUGCCGUCUAUGUUUCAGACUCACCGCUUCUUACUUCCAUCCUCGGUUACUGCAUCUUGGAACUUGGCGUCUUUUCCGAGGCGCGCGUCUGUUUCGAAAGAGCGAUACGGCUUUCUCGCGAUGACCACAGUGUGGCGCUGCGUAUGUGCUGUUUCUGUCUCUGCCUGGAGCUCUACCAGUUUUUCGACAUGUUACUUCUUGCUCAGUUUAACAUAUUCGAGUAUUAUAAUGGCAAACUGCCAUACUUCUUAUCCCCAAUCCUCAGGCGAAGGAGACUCACAGGUUCCUCAGAGUGCUCGGAGUAUUGAAAACAUGUGACUCAAAUGUCUCUGAGAAGGUUUUGUCAACUCAAGCUCACCAAAUGGCAAAUUUCAGGGCUCCCAUCUGAAUGUAGUCAGGAUACAGGAAAAACACUCUGACCCUGCUGAAGGUGUGAAUUAUAAGUAGUGUUUUGACCCAGUAAAUUAUGACCACAUCAGGCAAUUUCUAAUUGUGUAAACGCCUCCAUUAUCUCCUGAUUACUCAACUUGAGUUAGCAAUGAGUGGUCACAUUAAAUUCUAUGGAAAGGUGGACUGCUUGUGAACUUAGUGCAUUUCCUUGUUUGUUGUGUAAAGUGGAAGUUCUGAGAGGACUUACUAUUGGAGCUUUUCCUUGCUUGUUAUGUGAAGUACUUCAUGUCACUGCUCCAUACAAUGAGAGUAAGAGACUCACAACCUAGGCUCAACAACACUUAUUAACUGUGAAAUGUUGGGAUGAAUUCCUCCUAUUGGUAACUUGACCACUGAUCAUGUUAGAUGCCAAUGACAUUUGAGGGGUACACAUGACAUAUAAAGUCUUUCUAUUCCCAGUUUAGUGAAGAAUGCAAGUGUUUGUCCUUCCUAAUUUAUCCUUCCUGAUUUAGAACUUGAGAACAUCUUGUUCACAUUGUCAAGUAGUGUAGGGGAUGGUCGGUCUGGUAUAGAAAUCCUUGAGGACAAGGGGUGAGCUCUGGCACAAACAUUGGUGAACAUGAGCCAUCGUACUUGGAAGUUAUGUCCUGGAUGAUUUGAAUAGCGUGGGGUCUUGAGAACAUUGUGGGUUGAACUGCCUUUCCUGCAGUGGACAGUAACACUGAAUUAGGAUUGAAUUACAAGUGUAUCAUAAGCACAUUGUCAUUGAAAGUUGUUUCCAUGUCAUCAUAUUCUUCCAUGCUGUGGUUGAUAUAUUUCUACCAGCAAUGUAUUUCAAUGUAAUCUGAUCAAUAUCUGUUGACUGAUUUACAGAGGGAUCGUGUGCCAGUAUAUAAUAGUUCUCACAUGUCAUUUUUAGGUCCAUUGAUAUUUUCAAUCACCCCAGAAUUGCACUAUUUUCACAUGACCAUUUGAUAGCUAGGGAGCAUAGUCAAAUAUCUGAUCAACAUCCUGGCCCAACCUGCUGUGUGCAUGGGUCACCUAUUCAUUAAGCCUCUUUCAUGUGAUAGGCCUUUGUGGCAAAGUGACUCUGUGUUAAGGAACAAUGGGCUGCCUGUCUAUUGUGUGUUGUUUAAAGCUCCCUCUUUCACAGGUUCCAUUAUUGUAUUGGUAGAUUAAGUGUAAGCUGUGUAUACAAUAUUCUGCUGUCUUCAGUUUACUAUCUGUGAUAACUUGUCUUCCUCUCCAAACUUAGCUGUUUUGUUGCACCCCUCUGCUGUCUUUAUAAAUCGACAUGUUAGCUUAUGUUUAAAGAAAAUUGACAUAAAGGUGGAAAUUUACUCCCAAGACUGAAGUUGUGACACUUGUAAACAAUGCCAAAUUCGACAUAUGUUCACGCAGGCAAUUGUGCCCAAUGUAACUUAGACAUAUAUGUUGUUAAACAUAGAAAAGAUUUAAUGUUGUGUGUCCAACAUUCAAUUGACGUUGUGUGGAUGUAAAUUAUAUGUCCGGUCCUUCAAACUUUAAUUUUAUUUGGGAAAAUGUUAUGAAAAAAAUCAAGAAAAAUUAUUUUUCAAACAUUUGCUGAAAACCUGAUAAAAAAUGUUUUUGAAAUAUUUUGGAGGAAAAAAAUGUUUAAUUAUAUUUUGAAGAAAAUUUUGAAUUUAUAUUUUGAGGGAAAUUUUUUUUGGAUUAUUUUGGGAAAAAAAUUUCUCAAGUUUUUAAGAAAAGACGAGAAAUAAAGAAAAAAAUGUGGAAAUUUUUGCAACAACUUUGGCGUGCGACCACCAACGUAGAAUUCAUAUUGGGCAGUCAUAAAGUUUAUCUUUUGUAAGGUUUUAGUAAAAUGAAUGUGUGGGCAUUGCCUGUGUAUAUACUUGAUAAAAGUAGUGUACAUUCAUGAUAGAAUAACCCAGGGUCAUCACAAAAAGAUUUAUUUCACCUUGCAGUGUUGGUAAUGUUAGCGAAUCUUUUGAGUCUUCAAAAUUGCACAAACAUGUAUUUCUAUUAACAGGACCGUUCUUUCCCCAGCUGGGAUUUUCAUAUGCUAAGGUGACCUGGAUAUGUGUUCAAUAGUUAUUGUUCAUGUUUCAUAGUUAGAUCUGUCUGCAGAGAAAGCAGAAUUGCCUGAGAAAUGCAUGGAGUAAUGGGACAAUGUUGUUAGUGCAAAACUGUGGUCUUUUUUUUAUCGGCAGACUACAAAAGGUUCACCAACCAUGUGAAAUUAUGGUGAUUACGAUAACGACAUUUGAUUUGGCCACUUGAUAUGUAUUGAGGUAACCCAAACACAUCACUGCGUGGAGUGGAUCGAGUGCAGCAGAGGGGCUUUUCUUGAUUGAUCUUUACACUUGCUGUUGACUUUUGAAUUGACCUGCUCGGAAAAAUGAAUGCAUGCAGUUAACUUGCAGGAUCAUAACCAUUAUUCAAGUGCAAACCGAUUCAUUGAGAAAUGUACACAAGAAUUGUCUUGUUGAUGAAGGUUUUUUCUCUGUAUAAAUGCUGCCAUCUUUAAACAAAAUGAGUAACCAAAGUUCUUGUCUUGUCGACCAUUGUUGACACUUGUCUUGUCUUCACUGGUCAUAUAUUCUGACAACCAUCUAGUGCCAAGUCUGCAGUGCCUGAUGGGGACAUUUCAUUUCCGCCAGAAGGCCAACAUGGCCUAAUUCAUAUUUUGGAUGAAAAUAUCAUGUUGCAUAAUUCUUUAAAGAUGAAUCAACAAUGCAAUUGAAGAUAGUUUUAAGAUCUAUAAAAGUAUUAUCUGUACAAACAAAUUAGAAUGACUCAUGUGAAUAUACAGACGACAAUUUUAUAAACUUUAUGG